UCUUCUACUCCCCCCACCACCCCCGCCUUCGUGCUUGCGUGUCGUCGCCUCACCUCGCGCCUCCGCUACUACUGCUUGUCUGCUGCUGCAGCUGCUGUUAUUACCAUACCGCGGGAGAAGGGGGGCCGAACCCGAAGGCGUGCGAGAGGGAGGUGAGGUGAGGUGGAGCCGUGGAGGCGCUUGUUUCGCGUGCGAGACGGUGCUUCGUUUCGCCUCACGUUUUCCGAGGGCUACGGCGACUUGGUGGGAGCGCGGAGAAAAUCUAGCGAGCCGUCGGAGUUGGGUGGCGCGCGGCCGGCUGUGCUUCUGAAGGAGGAGUAAUUGGAGUAGUUGCUUGCCAUGGCCGAGAUCUGCUGCGAGGAGGCCAUGUCGCCGCCGGCCACUGCCACGGCUGCUGUCGCGGCAGCGGUCUCCGCCUCGGCCGCCGCAGCCGUCUCCUCGGCGAUAGACAGGCGGCGCCGCAGGAUGGAGAUGAGGCGCAUCCGCAUCGCAAGUGAUCUCGAGCUGCAGGCCGGAGAGGAUGGGCGCCCUGGAAAGCGGCAGAGGCUGGCGCGCACGGCGUCUGGCGCCCCGCGUCCUGACGAGGAUUCGGCGUCUGAGCGGCCGAGUUGUGGCCGUACGGAGGAGUUCCCGAGGUAUGGGGUCACCGCUGUGUGCGGCCGCCGUCGCGAGAUGGAAGACGCCGUGUCCAUCAGACCGGACUUCUUGCCGGCAUCCGGCAAGUUCCAUUUUUACGGCGUCUUCGACGGCCAUGGCUGCUCCCAUGUUGCGACGACGUGCCAGGACAGGAUGCACGAGAUUGUCGCCGAGGAGCACAACAAGGGGGCCUCCGGCGAAGUGGCGCCUUGGAGGGAUGUGAUGGAGAAGAGCUUCGCGCGGAUGGAUGGGGAGGUCGGUAACCGGGCGUCCACCCGCAGCGACGACGAGCCCGCCUGCCCGUGCGAGCAGCAGACGCCUUCGCGUCGCGACCACGCGGGUUCCACCGCCGUCGUCGCCGUCGUUAGCCCAACACAGGUCGUCGUCGCCAACGCCGGCGACUCCCGCGCCGUCAUCUCCCGUGCCGGCGUCCCCGUCGCACUAUCCGUUGACCACAAACCCGAUCGGCCCGACGAGCUGGAACGAAUCGAGGCGGCGGGCGGCCGCGUCAUUUACUGGGACGGCGCCCGGGUGCUCGGCGUCCUCGCCAUGUCUCGAGCCAUCGGGGAUGGGUACCUUAAGCCGUACGUGACGUCGGAGCCGGAGGUGACCGUGACGGAGCGCACCGACGACGAUGAGUGCCUGAUCCUGGCCAGCGACGGGCUAUGGGACGUCGUGACCAACGAGAUGGCGUGUGAGGUCGUGAGGGCGUGCUUCCACAACAACGGUCCGCCGGCACCGGCCGCGCGGCCGAGCGGCGUGCCCUCCUCGGCCGAGGCGGCGGAAACCGAGAACGGAGGAGCCGCAUCGGUGAAGGGGAUAAGCAAGGCGGAGUCCUCCGACAAGGCGUGCUCCGACGCGGCCAUGCUGCUGACGAAGUUGGCGCUGGCGCGGCGGAGCGCGGACAAUGUCAGCGUCGUCGUCGUAGAUCUCCGCCGGGGAUUGUGAUUCUUGGCGCAAUAUUCUAUGCUCCAUGAUUGCUUUCUUUCUUCUUCUUUUUUUUAUUCUAAGUUAAUUUUUCCCUUCAAAUUUCUUCCUUAUUUCUCUGUUUAGUUUUAGUUUUACUACUAGCUCCUACCAAGAUAAAUGAAUAUAAUAGCCUUUUUUUUCGCACAAACA